AUGGCUGAAAAGUCAAUCUACCAAGUCAAUCAAGCCGAAAAGAUGUCGGCUCGUGAAAUAGACCACGGGCCAGAAGUCAUACCGGAUCAAUACUACCAUCCCAAGACACCAAUAUCCCCCACAUACAAAGGGGACGAUAACAAACACUACUCUCAGCAACCACAACAGCCUGUAAAUACAGAAAGGAGGAUAUGUGGUUUGCGGAGGACGAGUUUCUUUUUCUUUGUCGUCCUCGCAGCAGUCGUCAUCGCAGCAUCAGUGGGCGGAGGCGUUGGCGGCUCGUUGGCGGUUUUGCGCAUGAAAGAGCAGACUCAAGCAGAAGUACAAGCGAGUGCCGCUGCCAAAGCGACAGCAACAGAUUCGCCAGUGGCAUCGAGCACGAUGAGCGUCCCCGCGACGGGCACAAAUACUCCGACGACAGGUUCGACGCAAACCACAGCAAACGCUGCCAGCAUUUCCAUCCCGACGACAGGUCUGGUGACGACAGGCGACUUACAGAUCAAUUGCCCGAAUUUGACGGGCAGGACGAUGUCUGUGGCUGUAGGAGGAGUCAAGUCGAACUACGAUACCGAGUGCAAUGUUGAUUAUACGGGUGACAAUGUCGAUGUCAUGGCAUUAGUAUCUUACACGCUGGACACCUGCAUGAUGGCUUGCUCCUCAUACAACAAGAAUAUCAACGGCACCAGCGAGAGGUGUAUCGGAGUGCAGUUCAACGGGGUGAUCGACAUCAUGACGAAGAAUUACGGCGGAAAUUGUUUUCUGAAGAAGAACACUGGCACGAAGGAAACAACGACCGAAACAUCAACAUCGAUUAUCAAGAAGUAUAAUAUGCAUCUAGCGGCUAUGCUGAGUUAA